AUGCAUCUUCCGUCGUUGUUGAUCGCGCUUGGUGUAUGCACCGCAUGGGCCGCGCCAUUGGAGCAACAGCCACUAGCAAGUGGUCGCAAACAUGCAGGUCCUCACAAGAUCAAAGAUCCAUACAAGCCCGGUUACUACGAUGAGUGGGACAGGAAGAUUGAUUCUCAGGGCGACAAGUUGUCCCCAGAGCCACUCCGAAAUGGUGAUGGCACUGAUGUCCUGGGUCCACGCAACAGGGCGCGAGAGCGAGAGAAUCCAGAUCUGAUCCGACCUCCCAGCACCGACCAUGGUGCCAUUCCAAACAUGCGCUGGUCUUUUGCCGACUCCCAUAUCCGCAUCGAGGAAGGUGGCUGGACCCGUGAGACCACCAUUCGUGAGCUUGGUACUAGCAAAGAGCUUGCUGGUGUCAACAUGCGCCUCGAUGAAGGCGUUAUUCGUGAGCUUCAUUGGCACAAAGAAGCAGAGUGGGCGUACGUGCUUGAAGGCAAAGUCCGCAUUACCGCCCUCGACGUUGAGGGAGGCAGCUUCGUCGACGAUCUUGAGAAGGGGGAUCUUUGGUACUUUCCAUCUGGACACCCGCAUUCGCUUCAAGGCUUGAGUCCGAACGGUACCGAGUUCCUCCUCAUCUUCGACGACGGCAACUUCUCCGAAGACUCAACAUUCUUGCUCACCGACUGGGUCGCACGCACGCCAAAGUCAGUUCUUGCUGAGAACUUCCGCGUGCACCCAGAAGUUUUCCGAGCCAUUCCCAAGUCCGAGAAGUACAUAUUCCAAGGCUCAGCUCCGGGUUCUAUCGAGGACGAGCUUCCUCAUCCCAAGGGCUACAAGAAGUCGAAGCUUCAGUUCAGCCACAAGAUGCUCGCUCAAGAGCCGCUAAACUUGACCGGUGGUGAAGUCCGCAUCACGGACUCUACCAACUUCCCCAUCUCAAAGACUGUGGCUGCUGCUCAUCUUAACAUCAAGCCCGGCGCACUACGUGAGAUGCACUGGCACCCCAACGCCGAUGAAUGGUCCUACUUCAUCAAAGGUCGUGCGCGCGUAACAAUCUUCGCAUCCAAGGGCACCGCACGCACAUUCGACUAUCAAGCCGGCGACGUCGGCAUCGUGCCCCGAAACAUGGGCCACUUCAUCGAAAACCUAAGCGAUGACGAGGAUGUAGAAGUCCUAGAGAUUUUCCGCUCCGACAAGUUCCAAGACUUCUCGCUGUUCCAGUGGCUCGGCGAGACGCCUCAGAAACUAGUCAAGGAUCACUUGUUCGCGAAUAGUCCGAAGGAAGCUCAUGAGUUUGAAGAGGCGCUGAAGGAUGUAAGACCGGAUCCCAUCAAGGAUGUUGAUUGGGAUAAGUUGCUUGAGGAGGAGAAGGUUGAGUUAUGA